AUGACCCUCGCCAACACCUCCCCUACACAUCUCCACGUCCUACAGAAUGCGUCGCUCAUCCUCCUCUCCCUCUUCGCACUCCCACUCUGCACCUUCAUCGCCGUCCUCAGCAAGCUCAUCGGUCCCUACCUCAAGACCACCCGGCACAUUGCCCAUCGCCGCAGAUGGCGCCAGAUCUCCUCCUCCACCUUUCGCCCACGAACCAUUCUUGUGACCGGCGUAGGGAUGAGCAAAGGUCUCAACAUUGCCCGCUCCUUCUACCGCGCUGGACACCGCGUGAUCGGCGCCGAUUUUGAGCCCUACCUGAUCCCCGUCUGCGGGCACUUCUCAACUGCCAUCGUCGAGUUCUACCGCCUCUCGAAAUCGAAUUCGGAGCAGGGUUCCGCCACGUACAUCAAAGACCUGAUCGAUAUCAUCCAGAAGGAAGGUGUUGAACUCUGGGUCCCGUGCUCAGGCAUCGCCUCGGGUAUCGAGGACGGAGAAGCCGCUGAAGCGAUUGAGAAAGAGACGACGUGUAAGGCCAUCCAAUUCGGUCUCACUCUCACUGAGACUCUGCACGAGAAGCACUUCUUCAUAGAAAACACCCGCAACCUGGGUCUCGCAGUUCCAGACACGCAUCUCGUGACCUCCGAGACGGAAACGCUCUCAGUCCUGUACCCCGAGAAACUGCGCCCAACCAUGCGGUCAAACGACAAGUACAUCAUGAAGAGCAUCCUCCUAGAUGACUCGACCCGCUCCGACAUGACGCAGCUGCCACUCCCUACCUUGCGAGAGACGGAGGCGCACAUCAAGCGGCUGAACCCUACACCCUUCCGGCCCUUCGUGCUGCAGAAAUUCAUCAGGGGCCCGGAAUACUGCACCCAAUCGCUGAUCAUCGGCGGUAAAGUAAAAGCAUUCCUCGCCUGCCCCUCUGCCGAGCUUCUCAUGUCCUACACGCCUCUCCCUACCUCCUCGGCCCUCUCGCAAGCCAUGCUCCUGUACACGACGCUGUACGCGAAGAAGACGGGGACCGGGAUGACGGGGCACUUCUCGAUCGACUUCCUCGUCGAAGAAGAGGUCGCCCAGGCGGCCGAGACACGGAUCGCCGUCAGCGAGAGCGAGCUCGUGGAGCUGAUACGCAGGAUCUACCCGAUCGAGUGCAACCCGCGCGCACAUACCGCCGUUGCCUGCCUGAGUGACGUUUCCGAUGAUCUAUCGGACGCCUACCUCUCCCUCCUCUCGGACCACGAGCCGAAGGGUAUCGCCAAUGGGCACCGCCGCGACGCGCUCGUCGUCCCGAAACCAGGCGUGCCGGGGUACUACUGGAUCGGCCACGACCUCAUUACGCUAGUCUUCCUCCCUCUCCUGGGUCUCCUCAGGUGUAAAGUUGGGGCCAGGGAGGCGCUGCGGAUGUGGAUGCGGUUCGUCGAGCACGUGCUCUACUGGCGAGACGGCACCUUUGAGGUCUGGGACCCGUGGCCCGCGUGGUGGCUGUAUGUAGGCUACUGGCCGGGCAUGUUCCUGAUUAGUUUAUGGGAGCGGCGAUGGUGGAGUCGGUGUAAUGUGAGCACGAAUAAGAUGUUCCAUUGUUGA